GUGGCCUUUGGGCUACAGGAAGAAGUUACCUGUUGAAUCGUUCGGUCCGUUCCCUUCCCAGCCCUUGCAGCUAUCCCGAAGAGGGCAGCCGCAGACCACAAGCCUCUUCCGAAGAAGAGACUAUUCACAGCCCUUCAGCUGCAGACCCACUGACGAACUGUGCCUGGGGCACUCUCGCGGCCUCGGGAAGAGAGGAACGCCGGCUAUCUUUUAGCAGCAGAGGAACGGCCGUCUAAGCGUCUCUCCCCCCCCCACCCCGCCCCGUCCGUGGUCCCCCUAGCCCCCAAACGAUUGAACCACAUGGCUUCCGCGGUCUGGGGCAGUGCGCCCUGGUGGGGGCCGCCGCCCCCAGCCCCAGCCCGGCCGCUCACGGACAUAGACUUCUGCUCCGGGGCGCAGCUGCAGGAACUCACCCAGCUGAUCCAGGAGCUGGGUGUGCAGGAAAGCUGGAGUGACGCGCCCAAGCCGGGGCCAGACCUCCUCCGGGCCAAGGACUUUGUCUUCUCUUUGCUCGGUCUCGUUCACCGUCGGGACCCGCGCUUUCCUCCCCAAGCAGAGCUCUUGCUGCUUCGUGGUGGUAUUCGCGAGGGCUCCCUGGAUCUGGGACUUGCACCCCUAGGCCCCUACAUCCGGGGGCCUCAUUACGAUGCCGGCUUUACACUAUUAGUGCCCGUGUUUUCGCUAGACGGCACUGGGCAGGAGCUGCAACUGGACGCAGAGUCCUGUUUCGGGCGGCUACGCCUCCCAGAGCAGAUACGGGGAACCUCAGUCCGCGAGGCUUGGCAGGACUGCCUGGGACCCCCAGCCCCAGGAGGACGUGAUUCAGUCCACCGAACCCAAAGCGAAGAAAGUCCCAAGGACCGGCAAAGCCCGGUAGACCAGCCCCACGAUGGCACUGAGCCUGAGCCAACCGUGUCUUUGGAUAAAUCAUCUGGACCAGAGGGACAAGACGUAAUCGAUCUGGAGCUUUCCACCCCACUGAAAACCCUGAAUGGUGACCUCAGGAAAGCAGCCGUCGUCAGCCCCAUCCCCUGGCCCUCGGAGCGUUGGGAGGCGUGGCCCACCCUCUGCCCCGCCCAGGUGGCUGCGUGGUUCUUCGCUUCACUGGCCGCGGUCGCAGAGUCCCUGAUCCCGGUCCCGGGAGCCCCACGUCUGGUCCACGCAGCGCGCCACGCGGGGUUCACCACCGUCCUCCUGGCGACGCCGGGGCCCCCGCGCCACCUCCUGCUCUUCGACCUAAUUCCCGUAGUGUCCGUGGCCGGCUGGCCCGAGGGAGCCCGGAGCCACUCGUGGGCCGGGCCGCUGGCCUCCGAGUCGGCAUCCUUCUACCUGGUGCCGGGCGGCCACACCGAGCCGCCGGGCGCCUGCGGCUGGCAGCUCUGCUUCGCCCGCCAGGAGCUGGCGCUCAAGGCGCGCAUCCCUGCUCCGCUGCUGCAGGCGCACGCGGCGGCCCAGGCGCUGCUGCGCCCGCUGGUGGCCGGGACCCGGGCCGCGGCGCCCUACCUCCUGCGGACGCUGCUCUACUGGGCGUGCGAGCGGCUGCCCGCGCUCUAUCUCGCGCGGCCCGAGAACGCGGGCGCCUGCUGCCUCGGGCUGCUGGAUGAACUGGGCCGUGUGCUCGAGGCCGGGACACUGCCCCACUAUUUUCUGAGCAGCCGAAAGCUCCGCGCGGGGGACGGCGCUGCCGCGCUGCUCGGGGCGUUGGCCCGGCUCCGCGGGGACCCUGUCGGGGCCCUGCGCGCCGCGGUGGAGGAGGCUAAGGCUGCACGCAAGGGGGGCGGCUUGGCCGGCGUGGGAGGAGGGGCCCAUUAAAGACGCUGCUCCUACCCGCAUGGACAAGUGCUUCUGUUGGCCAGCGGGAUGUGGGGGGGGGCUGCUAGCCCCUCGCCGAGGUCACGCGCUGAGCACAGCCCGUAAGGCCUCCUCGGGGCUUCUCCCCAUCCUCCUGCCCCGUUCCUGGCCCAGGUCGUCCCAUUUCUGGCAUCUCUACUCAGAUCUGCGGCCAGCAGACCUCCCAGCCUGGCGCAUCCUCUGGCAACCAUCUUCCCCAAUUUUUCUGGUCUUUUCUCUUAGGAGUCAAUUGGGAAGGGGUGGGGGUGUAUAUUUGCUGACAAGACGCAAAAGGAAGGUGUGGAGACCCGGGACUGAUCAAUCUGGCUCACGCAAAAUCGGAGAUUGAGAGGGCCGGAUUGCGCCCAGGGCUGGCUCUCACCACCACCCUCGCCUACUCCGUUAUUACCCGGUUUCCCUCAUUCGUUUCUGCCCUCCCAAGCCGGGCAGGAGGGACCCUCUCUCCAUUCUCCCAGCGUCCGCCAUUCCAUCUAUCCGAAGCCCAACCUCCCCUCCCAUCUAGGGCUCCGUUCAGUGGAGUCACCUCCUUGUCUCCUCCUCUGAACCCCCAAGACGGGCGGCCUUGCCUCGGCUCCACCCGCCUCCGAGACCGUCCCCACUCCCGGCCUCCGAGGAACCCUGGGGUUCCGCCCGCC